UCCCACCCCUACCACAACUUAAACACAACUUAGUCCCACACCACCAUCUAGCUCUUGAAUUCGCCGCCCCUUUUUAAGUCACGAGAACCACUGUCCCUUUUUUUCCAUUUCUAGAGAAAGAGGGAGUGACAGAAGCACUGAUAGAGAACUUUCAAAGAGGAGAGAAGGCCUUGGUGUGGGUAGGGGGGGAUACCCUCUAAGAUUUCAGUCUUGAACUGAAGUGGUCUUUAUAAAUUGCUUUAGCUUCACUUCUCUCAUCUGAAGAUUAUUUGUGUGUUGUUGUAGUUUGAUAGUUCUCUCUCAGAGUUAUUAUUAAUAUCAUUCAAACUUCUUUCUUUCUAUCUAUCUCUGUCUGUGGUACCAACACCAACACCAACACCAACAUGAGAAACCCUUUAGACCUGAACAACUUUCCUGAUGAUUUCACCAGCAAACAAACACUUGAUGACUCCUCUUCUUCCACUUCAGGAAUCUACAAGAAAAAGAAAAACGGCGCAAAGGAUGAAAGCGGGAAGGUCUAUGAGUGCAGGUUUUGCUCCCUCAAGUUCUGCAAGUCUCAAGCCCUUGGGGGACACAUGAACCGCCAUCGCCAAGAAAGGGAGACAGAAACACUAAACCGAGCUCGGCAGCUGGUUUUUAGCAACGAUAACGUCCUGCCCCCACUCCCUCACCAACUAGGUGGACAACCAGUGGUACAUGGAGGGUUUAAUCAUCAAGCAGGUUGCAACAUGGGCAGUACAGUUUAUCCAACAAGACUCCUUUCCGGUACCUCCACCACCAUGUUACCACCACAACAAGCUCCACACAUGUACACUUCACCGGCAUCACGCCUCACUAACCCCUACACAUCCCAAUACCCUCCUUCAAAUGAUUACUUCAUUGGACAUGUGUGCUCCGGCAAUCCACCAUCAUUCACCGUCCAGAAUUUGAGCGGAUACGCCUCGCCACCGCCCGAGAGUACGAGUAACUACACAUGUGUUGGUGCACCUGUUGGCCAAAGCUUCACACUUGCUGGAGGAAGUGGUGGUGGUGGUGCAGAAAUGUAACCAUCCAGUGGUUCUAGUUAAUAAAGAAUUUAUUUUUGUGCUACUUUUUCUUGUUUUAAUGUUCUUGAGUUUCUGUUGUAGGGAUAAUUGUCCAAAUAGUAAUGUAGGGUUUGAGAGUGUGAGUAUGAGCAGACUGAAUGCAUGUGUUUGGUUGGAUUUUAACCGGAUAUAGACUGAAUGCAUUGUAUUGGAUGAUAUUGUAAUUGGUGUGUG